GCUGUUAUUUCUGGAGAAACAUCACGACGAGUGCAGGGAAUGGCUCGGACGAAUAAACAGUUGUAUCUAGGCAAGAAUCACAAGUGGGAGAAAUCUACAUACAUUUAGUCGGUAGUCGGGCGUUGAACCACUAGUUGUCAUCUAUUCACCUGGAAAUAAAUGUUUUCAGUAGAGUUUUGUUUUUCGAAAAAUAUUUCGGCUAUAAUGAAGGCACCCUCAUUGUCAGAUUCCCACGAACUGCAUAUUUUAUUUCUUUUUCAGUCGUUUUGUCAAAUUUAUUAUGAAUAUGGAAAUAACUUUUUACAAAAGCAAUAUAUAUUUUGAUAGCACUGGAAAUUCUGUAUCAUCUUGUACUUCGCGAGCCUCCACUUACAAUUAUUUGCUGAGAAAUAUUUCGAAUAUUGUUAAUGUACUCACGUAUCACAUUCUCAUAGAUUGCAUUCCAUGCUUGUUCAACUAACUCUUCUAUUUUUACAUACCACGAGAAAGAGCGCAUUCAAAAGUACAAAAAGAACUGAGUUCUCACUUUUCUUUUACGGAAAUAAUAACAGAAGAAGAAAAAAUUUAAUAUUUCGAAUAUUUUUAAUGUACCCACCUAUCUGGGAAAGCAGAGACUAAUAGAGAAUUUCAACCGCUACUAGAAUAUAUAAUUACUUUUCGAAAAAUAUGUUCGUGUAUAUAUAAUAAAUUUAAAAAAUCGACUGAAAACAUUUAAAAUACCAGGCAGAUAGAUUACUAGCUGGAAAGGAGACUGGCGUUUUGAUAUUCUUCGGAAAUUACUCUGUUGAUUUCAUUGUAAAUAAAAGUAAUCAGGUGUCUUCGUGACUAUAAGAACCGCUUAAAACUGAUUAUUUUCGUCAAACUGGGUUUCGACUACAUUUCGCAACCUUUUCCAGGAAGCGAACAGUGCGAAGGGAGCCUGUACGGUCGACGAUCUCUCUUUCUAUGGAAUAUAUUGCUGAUGUCAUGUCUACACACAGCAGUUUCAGCGUUUGGACUGCUCAAUUAAUCACAAAUUACUAUUCCCAAGAUCUUGAGUGAAAGAUUCAAGAAUCGAAGAUCUUGACUUCUUGGUGUUUUUUCCAAGAUCUUGUGACAUGUCUUAACCGAAGAUCUUUCUUGGGAACAAGACCCUUCACUAAGGUUAGCACAAUUUCCAUUCAUUUCUCUCUAGAAGUAAAGGAGACGUCUAACUCAAUUGAAAAACCAUCCAAACUACUGUAAAACCGCACAAUAAAUGACUGUGAAUGAGAGUAAUCAGGUGUCUUUGUCUUUUCCGGGAAGCGAACAGUGCCAAGGGAUCCUGUACGGUCGACGACCUCUUUCCACAAUUCGAUCAUUCUUUCUGCUUUCACUCACAGGCUACGGGUAUUUCUUCAGCAUGAGCCUCCGCUCUACNAAAUGACUGUGAAUGAGAGUAAUCAGGUGUCUUUGUGACUAUAAUAACCGCUUAAAACUGAUUAUUUUCGUCAAACUGGGUUUCGACUACAUUUCGCAACCUUUUCCGGGAAGCGAACAGUGCCAAGGGAUCCUGUACGGUCGACGACCUCUUUCCACAAUUCGAUCAUUCUUUCUGCUUUCACUCACAGGCUACGGGUAUUUCUUCAGCAUGAGCCUCCGCUCUACAGAUACGCUUCCGCUGUUGUAGGUACCAAGUCGAGGAACACCAGAAGCAAGUCGCGCUUCGACUGACUCUAACACUUCACCAAGAGGUUCAACAUCUGCAAGUAGUCAUCCUUCGCGCCAUAGUCACACUUCAUCAAGUGCGCCAACAGCAGAAGCAAGUCACGGUUCGACUCACACUCACACUUCCACAGGUGCUCGAACACAAGCUGCAAGUCAUGCUUCAACCGAGAGCGACAGUUCACCAAGCACUUUAAUAUCUCCACCAAGUCACACAUCGACACACACUUCACUAAGUGGCACAACAUCACCAGCAAGUCUGAAUUCGACUCAGAGGGACACUUCACCAAGUAAUCCAACACCUGCCGCAAGUCAUCCGUCGAAUGACAUCAACAGUUCACCAAGUCAUGCAACAUCCGGAACAAGUCACGCUUCGACCGACCGUCACACUCAACUAACUAGUCCAGAGUCGGUAGAGACAACAUCUGCUUUGAGUCCAACUAGACAAACAAAUUCACCUCAGCCAUUUUUACCUGAUAUUCGAAUUCCACCAGCCACUGAAACACCAGCAGAGAGUCACAGUUCGGCUGUCAUUGAUACUCGACCAACUAGCCCAGAGCCGGUAAGCAAUCCACAUGUGUUAAGGCUGCAAAUACCGUGGAGAAACAUUGUCUGCAGUUGAAACAUAGUCUUUGCGCCC